GAGUCGACGGUGUCCAGAAUGCUGUGCCCGAGAACGUGCAGGGCGAGUAGCCCAAAAAAGAACUAAAUUAUAACAGGGUAAAUUGCAUAUGUUGUAACACGCCGAGGACACUGGCUCCAGGCAAACGGACAACCUGUGCCGAAAUAAGACGAUUCACUGGAGUCCACUGAGACAAGGUCUCAUCGACGGACGGCACACUGUACGCUAUCAUUCUGACGUGCAUGGUGCUUGUAAGACAUAUGAAAACUACUCAUUUGGCAACAGCUCUUUGCUCCGUACAUUCACCUUUGCCUCCAUUUCCUGGCGCUUUAGAGUCACUAUUGCCAACUCACGCCUCAGGUCUUCACAGGCUGUCUCCGAUUCCUCUUGUUCCUUGUUCGCCGCCUCCAGCUGCCCUAGCAGGCGCGAUAUAGCAGACGAGUUGGCCGAGUUCUCUUUUUGAAGCACAUCAUGAUCUUGUCUGGCAAAGCCUAGAGCCUCUGUGGCUAAGCCGAGACGACGAUCCAAGUACACUGUGUGCGGAUUAUCCCUACAGUGCAGAGUCAGUCCUUCACAUCCUGCCGAAAUGAGGUAGACUUACAAUGCCCGUUGGGCCCAAGCAUCCGAUGCGUCCACAUUGGUAGGCAUGUAAAUGUCCCGCAGGUAUGUUUCAGUCAAGCUGUUUGUGUUGUUGACGACCACUGGUCUGGCCAGGUCAAUGGUGAUUAUGGCAGCGCCGCAGUUUGGACAUCCUAGCCCGGGGUACUCCGCUACAUAGCGAUCGACACAAUCUUCGCAGAACAGAUGCCC